AAUCUCUCCGCUUUGCCAACCAACCAUGCACCCACCUGCACCACGCCGUUAACGGGUCCGGAACAUCCCUUAUCGGAUCCACUCCGCCCUCCCGUCCGAUCCCCCAGCCUCCCCCUCCUCCUCUAGUCCGGAAUCCGGAUCGCCUUCUCCCACCGAUCCGUCCGGACAUCGGCAUGGCUGCGCCCCCGCCGAAGGCGCCGGCGCCGAGCGCUUCUUCGGCGGCCUAGCGUUUGUUUGCCUCCGAGGAAUUUCCGCCGGUCGCGUUACCGGAUCUUGCGUGGGCCGUCCGUCGAGGAUCCCCGCUCCCCGCGCCGGUCGGCGACCGCUCCACCGCCGCUAGUAUGAGCUCCGACGGGCGCCUCCGCCGCGCGCUGGCCGCGUUCGGCAGCGGCAGCGACGUGUGGGACCUCGUGGACGCGGCGCUCGCCGCUGCCGCGCGGGACAGCCCCGCCGAGCUGCGCGCGCGCCGCGACGGCAUCGUCCAGCGCCUCUACGCAGGGUCAGCCCGCUGCCGCAACUGCGACGCCGACGCUCCCCCGCCGCCUGCUGCUCAGCCGAAUGGUGCCGUCGCUGCUGCUCCUGCGGCGGCGUCUCCGGCCUCGCCUGAUGAGGAGGUCGACGCGGACAGCCUCGACGACGAGGAGGAGGCCGAUGCCGGCGUGGAGAGCAAGAUCCUGGCGAUCAAGGAUUUCCUGGAGGACCCGGACCAGUCGGAGGACGAGAUGGUGAGCCUGCUGCAGAACCUAGCAGACAUGGACAUCACCUACAAGGCUCUCCAGGACACCGACAUUGGCCGCCAUGUGAAUGGCCUGCGUAAGCACCCAUCCAGCGAGGUCCGGCAACUGGUGAAGCUGCUCGUUAGGAAAUGGAAGGAGAUUGUGGAUGACUGGGUGAGGCUGCACAACUCAGGUGGUGACGUUGGUGGCUCGAUCAUAAGCGAUGGUGACUCACCUGAUAAAGUUCAACCCAAGUACCAUCAAAAUACUCAUGCUUCAGACUUCAAGUAUUCCUCCAGCCCACAGAGCCAUAAUGUUUUGAGCUCAGAGAGGUCUAGCAAUCAUAAUUUGGUGGAGUCAGCAGUGGAGAAGCGUAGAACAAGCCCUGCUCCUGCAUACCAUAACACUAAGCAGAACAACAGCAACAACUAUCCUGCUGUUUCAUCAUCAGCACCAGCUAGAGCAAUGAGGGAGCAAAAGAACACUCUUUUGGAUUCUGAGAAGCUAGAUUCAGCCAGGAAGAGGCUUCAGGAAAACUAUCAGGAAGCGCAAAAUGCGAAAAAGCAGAGGACAAUACAAGUGAUGGAUAUCCACGACAUACCUAAGCCGAAGAAUAGGAACACCUUCAUACGCAAGAGUGGUGGAGGCGGAUUCCCGGCAAAGCACCGGUGAUCUGCCUAACUGCCAUCGUUCAUGCCUAUAACGGACUUGCAUAUUUAUUUUGUACUAUCAAAAAAAAAAAGGAAAUCUGAAAGCAAAACUCUUGUGUUUCCAGACUGUUUUGUAGCAUUUCAGUCCAGUUUGAUACAUACUGCCUAGUCCAUGAGGCUACGCUUGUACUUAUCUUAAGACUGGAGAACAGAAGGAAAACAAAAUUGUGUUAUUUUUCAUGACA